UAUCCUCUUAUUGGGAAAAAUGGCAGGCUAUUUACGUUUGAGCUUAAUUUUCCUGUGUGUAUUUAUAUGUUGUUGCAGUGAGCGUGUGAUGGGAGGAGAUCCCGACUCGUUGCAAGAUUUCUGUGUUGCAGACAAGCAAGGCCAAGUUUCGGUGAACGGCUUCUCUUGCAAGGACCCCAAAAUGGUUUCAGCAGAGGACUUCUUCUUCAGAGGGCUUCGACGAGGGGACACGAGCAACGCCGUAGGGUCUAACGUAACAGCAGCCAACGUUAACCAGAUUCCGGGGUUAAACACACUAGGAAUAUCGUUGGUCCGCAUAGACUACGCUGUGGAUGGAAUUAAUCCUCCUCACACCCAUCCAAGAGCCUCAGAAAUCCUGGUUUUACUUAAAGGUGAGUUGCUAGUGGGAUUCAUCGAUACAACAAACAAGUUUCACAGCAAGGUGUUGAAGAAAGGAGACGUGUUUGUGUUUCCCAAGGGAUUACUACAUUUCCAGCAGAAUGUGGGGCAGCGAAAUGCAGUGGCCAUCGCUGGGUUGAGCAGCCAGAAUCCAGGAGAUCAGGUUACUGCCAAUUCUCUGUUUGCAGCAAAUCCUCCCAUGCCAAAUGGUGUAUUGACCAAGGCCUUCCGCAGCGAUCAAACAGUAGUCGAUUCCAUUCAGGACAAAUUCAUGUAAUAGCUUCCAUAG